CCGUCGCCGUCGACAAUGCACGCCUCUCUCGUGCGCCGCCAGCUCGGCUCACUUAUCCCUCCGAAAAUCGCAACCCCAAAGCUCCUCACGGGCCGCCCUGGUUCUGGCGGAGGAGGCCUCGCACCACUCGUUGAAUUCUACUCGAAACUGCCAAAAGGUCCUGCCUCUUCAGCAUCCUCAGGUAUCCGGGGGCGUUACUAUGAAGGAGCCAAUGCAUCCGGAAAGCCACUAGUUUUUACCAUCCUCGCUAUCUUUGGGCUCGGGUACACAAUAGACUACAACAUGCACCUGAAGCACCACAAGAACCACGCGCAUUAAACGAUGUUGCUUGGACUUCAACCAGACUUCGGUGGCGCCUUUCUAUGCCGGUAUCGACAUAGACUACGAGAGAGAGAGGCGCACUGUUGUAAAGCUUAAAUACCGCAAAUGCAACCUAUUUCAUCUUAUUUGCCCUUCUGACGAAGGCGGCCAAGGCAGUGAAUGGGUAUGAAAAUCCGACUGCAGGCCAAUUCAGUCAUUCCGAAACGGGUUGCCAGCUAGUCGAAAGCGUUGCUUUCGUGAUACGUGCCGUAAAUUCAUCACUGCCAGGGACAAUGUAACUCAAAGCAUGGGAAGGCCUGCAUUUGAAAACGCGUAUAUAGCAGCAGGCGCGCCUUUAUCCUUGAUUGUUAGCUGCAAAGGCGCCUUGCCAAUUGCAACUGCCAAUGCGUGCGUGAGAUAUUCACCCAGGUCAAGGGCGCUAAGCUUGCCUUGACCGGUGAUUAACAGCUUUUAGCCCACGGUCUCGUCAACGACUUCAUCGGUAGCACGUAGUUUACCGACGUAGCUUUCGCCUUCAGGCAGUUAUCCAGCGUCUAUUACUUUUGUCUCAUCUAUAUAUGCGACCAUCUCGUAUUCUAGUCCUGAUGCGCUCGGGUCAAUGCUGUUGUAAGAGCAACGAAAAUUUGGAAGAGAAGAUCGGACGAGCGCUUAUCAGCUCGAAGCUCAGGCUAGAUGAUGUAAAACGUGGAAACGUGUUGAUCGUUGAAUGAUCCCUUGUCUAUCAAGGGCUACCUCGACCAUGGGCGGAGCGCUCGACUCGACAACUUACCAGCUCUUCCGAAGCGAACUUAC